CUCAACUCCAGGUGUAUCAAGGUACUGUCAGCCACUGCACUUUGUUCUACAGUUAAAGUGACAGUAGUUCUAGACAGGUCAAGAUACAGAUGCGUGGCGUUUCGAGCUUUUGGAAUUUUACCAGUGGACCUCAAUUGUGAAAUGGGCGAACACCGUCUGCUGAGAGACAGUCCUCUGUCUUCCUCGGUGACAAGAAGCUAUCCAUCAUUUCAGUGGGAAAAACAGAGACAUCUCUUUAUGCUUCUCUGGCGUAUUUGCUAUGUGCUACUUCUUGUAAAACAUUCUCACAACUUGCUACUGCAGCUGACAAUUUACGUACAGAUGCUAAAUUGUUUUUAAGAGCCAACAAAGAGAUGUUUCUCAGUAAUUUAAACCAACUGCAUGAUAGACUUUUCUCAGAAGAUCAACGGCAGCCAAGAAUUAUGUUCGAACAUUGCCUGCUUUAUCUCAACCAGCCCGACUACAGAGGAAUUCAAGAGGUGCUCCUAAUCCUUGCUUCAAUGUUCAGUACUUCUAUCAUUGUCUGGUUUAAAGAUGGAGAAGGGUCUCUGAGAGUUGACCCUUGUUUCCCUUCAGUUGCAUCUCCUGUAAACAUCCUGUAUUGUAAAAUUACUAAUCACUUUGAUCCUAUCGUGCAAAUUGUCCUGAAGGAUCAAAUAUUGGCUUCCCCUUUCCAGAAAAAACUAACAGUUGUUACCUGGCAUGUGGAUGGCCGAUGUAAGGGAAAGUUAGAGACAGAAAAGGAAUAUAAAAUUAUUGAUGAAAUUCUUGCCAAACACAACAUUGAUGUAGCUUGUGUUCAAGGUGUAAGAUAUGAAAGCCAUGAAAUAUCAACAAAUCAUUACCAAUGGUGGUAUUCAGUUCCAAAUAACAAUGUUCUUAGUGUUGCGUUUUUAAUUAACAAGCAAAGUGGAAUAACACUAACUAACUUCCAUUCUCAAUUGAAUGGCCUAAUUUCUGCAGAUGUUUUUAUGCAUCAAAAAUGUAUAAAAUUGAUUGGUUGUCAUUAUUCUACCAAUCACACACUGUAUUCACAAACGACAGUUGCACUGACACAAUUGUUAAAAUCAGUCUCAGAAUUAUCUCAAAUCAUUCUGUUUGGAAUGUCUGAUGAAAUUGAUGACUUGGUACCGGUCCAAAAGGAAGUUGUUGCUACAGAUAAGAUAUCUAAAUUAAAAAGUGUUUUCCUGCAAAAUUUGGCUUGCGAUUACAAUUUAUGUACUGCCUUAACCUUUUCAAACGAACAGCCGACGUCAUCAGCUGAAGUUAAGUCAGAUGAGGAAUUGCAUCAAAGCAGUCAUAUUUUUAUCCAGAGAGGUAUCUUGCAGGUGAAACAGCACUAUCGUUGGUGGGAUCGUAUCUCAGAUCAUCCCAUUAUUGGCUGCACCAUUGAACAAAACUGUCAACCUAAAGUACUUGAUUGUAAUGUAAAAUCUUCUUUUCUUCUGGUUGCCACUUGGAAUGUUAAUGAUUGUUCCACAACUGAAAAUCAAGAUAGUAUUGACAAAGUCUUAAAAGAAUUGAACAUUGAUCUUACAUGUGUUCAAGGAACUAACUUGGAGCACAGAAUGAUCUCAACUUCUCAUUACAAUUGGUGGUGUUCUGGUUGUCAAAUCCCAAAUAUUAAAAGUGUUGCUCUUUUGUUGAGAAAAGACUGUGGUGCAACCUUAUCUAAUUUCAUUUCCCACUCAAUUAAUUUAUCUUCAGCAAUUGUUUCCAUAGGAAAGAAUAUGUUUAUAGUGGUAUGUUGUUAUCUUCCUGACUCCUCAGAACAGAGUACAUACAGACAAGUUUCUGCAGAUCUUUUAGUCAUUCUUAACUCAGCUCCGUUCUCUGCAAAACUCCUCCUCUUGGGUGAAUUCAAUGCUCAUAUUGGAAAAAUCGAUGUUACGGUGCCUCAGCUUGAUAUUUUUAACAGGCCAGGACUUCAACAUGAGCUUUCAAACAAAAAUGGGGAGUUUCUGAAGCAGUUGGCAUUACUACAUGAUCUCUACUUCUGUUCAACUCUGUUCCGGACCCAUCGUGAAAAUGAGGUAAAAGACCAAACGAGUCACAUUUUGCUGCAAGAGUAUUUUCCAAAGUCAAGAGCCAGCAGUUGGAACAGUCCCUUGUCCGAGCACACUAUAGUGGGAUAUAGUAUCACCUUAGGUGUCUAUCCAGCAUCAUGUGCCCAACGAAGGAGAAUCAAAGGUCGUUAAUUUUCUCAAUUCUUCCAGUAUGGGUAAUACCUUGCUCUCUUUAGAAUUGACUAACAUGACACCCUAAUUUUUUAAUGUUACUACUGAAAUAUAAUUAGUUCAUGAGAUUGAGACAACACUUUAGAGGACAAUAAACUGUGUUUCUCCCAUUACAUUUAAUUUAUAUUUUUUAUCUCAGUCAAGAUCUCAGAAGUCAUGUGUUCGUUUCUAAUACCAUGCUUGGUCUUUACCAGUAUGAUUAGUGAAUCAGAAUAUUUUUGAAUAGUAUGAACGUUAGAUUUUAAUGUUUUAAAAUUGUAUUUUAUAUCUAAUCAUGUAUUAGUUAUUAACCUUAUUGUUGAUAUGUAAUGUAAUUAUUAUAUGAUAUUUGUUGUCAUAUUUUUCUUAAAUUUAUUCCUUUUUAUUUAGAAAAGUACUGUUAAACUUUAAUUAAAUAGUGACUACACAAUUUUAUAACUUUUAUUUAUUGUAUGUUUAACAUAAAUGAUAUUGAGUUGUAUGAAUUUUACAUUUAAUGAUAUUAAAGUAUUCAAGCAAGA